GAUUUUGAGGUUCUCGUGACUAUGAUGCAGUUUUCAUUACUUAACUGUGAUACUUGGAGCAUCUUAUUGGCUCUCAAAUACUCUCAGUCAAGUAUAUAGGUAACGAUGCAUCAAGUGACUUCAUCAAACCGCCAACAGUCCUGCUCAUUGAGCUCUUCUACUCGUGAUCGACACGGGAUGCCCACAAUGUCCACCAAACUCGUCCGCGGCAAGCGGACCAAGAUUCUGGUCCUCAACCCCAAUUCAUCACAGUCAAUGACCGAUGGAAUGCAGGCCGUUCUUGAUUCUGUAGAUUUGCCACAAUCUACCGAGAUCUACACCUACACCGGCCCCGCAUCCUCCCCCGCCAGCAUCAAUGACGGUGACGACAUCAAACAAAGUACAGAGGCUGUGCUAUCAGAUUUCGAAACUCAUAAUGCAUUCGACGGCAUCCUCGUCGCCUGCUUCAGCGUCCACGAUCUGGUCCCCAAACUACAGUCAAUCCGGGCUUUGCCCAAAGCCGUGACUGGAAUCUUCGAGGCUAGCAUUAUUACUGCCCUCUCACUCCUGGGACCGGGGCAGAAAUGGGGCAUUGUUACCACCGGCAAGUUUUGGGAGAAGCACUUGAGUGAAGGUGUAAUAGGAUUCCUCGGGUCGGAGGGCGGGAAUAGCAACAGCAAAUUUGCAGGCGUUGAAUCCACUGGUUUGAAUGCCUCGGAUUUCCAUGAUGGGGUUGAUCCUUCUGUGGUCAGAGAUAAGUUGAAGUCGGCUACGAAGAGGCUAUUAGCGAAGAACGACGUGGGGUGCAUCGUCAUGGGUUGCGCGGGCAUGGCUGGUCUCGAGGAGAUCAUACGCAGUGCGGCGGCUGAAGUGUCUGGCGAUGUCUUUGCGUACGAUAUUUUGCAUGUGGUGGAUGGCGUACGGGCUGGUAUCAUGCAGGUUGAAAGCAUGAUCAAGAACAAUAAGUUACGGAGGCAUUGGGGCUCUUGAGAGAGAGCAAUUUGUAAUUCGACAGUGUUGGGCUAUUUUGGUACCGAGCUUUUACACAUAUCUUUCAAAAAUGAUUCAUAGUAUCCUAUUGGAUUCAGACCAAUUUUUUUUUUGUUUUUA